GAGCGGUUUUCUAUAAGUAUUAUCCUCAACUUUGACAACCUGCAGUAACCACAAUGAGUUAUUAGCACAACAUCCAGCGAUAUUUCCAUUUGUUCAUAUAAUCACCGAAACCUUUGCACCGAUCAAGCAAGGAAUCAACGAAGAUGGCAUCAGUUACAGACCUCAUCACCCUCGAAAACUUCAAGGCUAAGAUGCCGAGAUGGAAGGCCGACCUCCCCAACCACCUCUACGCAGUAGUUGAUAUGGGAAGUAAUGGCAUUCGGUUCUCGAUAUCAGAUUUGUCACCACCACAAGCCCGCCUUCUUCGUUGUGUGUACCGCGAGCGCGCUGGCAUCUCACUAUUCGAUGCACUCAAUUCGUCGCCAUCCAGUGGACCGCUAAAGUUUCCCCCUGAGAUCAUCACCCAAGUUUCGCACACGCUGGCGCGGUUCAAGUCUAUCGCAGACGCUUAUGGCGUACUACCAGAGCAUAUUUCCGUGUUCGCCACGGAAGCUAUGCGGAAGGCCGAGAACGCAGCUUCUAUGCUAGACGCUAUUCGCAGCUUUUCUGGCCUCGGGGUGCAUGUGUUGGUCCCCGAGGUUGAGACCCUCUUUGGUGCCAUGGGGGCUAGGAGUGGCUUCGCCGACGUGAAGGGGCUCUUUCUCGAUCUCGGUGGCGGAUCCGUUCAGAUGACAUACAUGGAUUCUGCCGUGGACGGCUACGAAGUUACCGCUGCGCAGUCUGGUGAAAGCAUGCCAUUCGGAGCUGCAAGGUUGAUAAAACUACUGGAUAGUGGUGAAGCAGCGGCUGCAACGGCGAAAAGUGACCUGCUGGCAGGCAUGCGAAGUGCUUUCGCCAAACUUCAACAGAAAUUUCCCUCGUUGAAGACAUCCGAGUCCUCGGGCAAUGACGGAAUCGACGUGUAUCUUUGUGGUGGUGGGUUUCGCGGCUACGGAAACAUGCUAAUGCACAACGACCCCAUCCAACCAUAUCCCAUUCCGGGUAUAGGAGCUUACACGGUGACUGGAUCCUUCUUUCGUCAGACGAAGAAGAUGCUCAAUGUCAACAAGGAGCACGGUGAAAAGAUAUUUGGCAUGUCCAAGAGGCGACGACAGCAAUUUCCUGCCAUCGCAACGGUUGUUCAGUCAUUCACCGAUGUUGUUCCCAAUGUUAGAACGGUGACGUUCUGCAGCGGUGGUAACCGUGAGGGUGCUCUGCUGUUGAAACUCCCAAAGGAAGUGAUGGACACGCAACCACUUACGCUUCUGCAUCAGCCUGGAGACAAAUCAAGUGAUAUUGUGAUACAGUCCGUUAUCGAUACCAUCCUAUCUUCUGUUCCGACCGAAUUUGAUCCUUCCAAAAUCUCAACAAUCUUCACUCUGGGACUUGGACCCCUUUUCAUUGGCAAAAUCUGGGGACGAUCUGGCGAAGCAAGUGAUGCAAAUUCGGCUUACGAGCUACAUCAAGCCAUCACGAGGGACCCGAGCGUACCCGGAUUUACCCAUCUAGCACGAGCGGUCCUUGGCCUUACCCUUUGCGCAAGAUGGGGUUCAACUUUGGGACCCAUUGACAAACACCUAUACAACAGUCUUCGAGGGCUGGCGUUUGAGGAUUCUCCCGAGGCUAAUUUCUGGGCCGAUUAUUUCGGCGCCGUCGCCUCGGUUAUUGCGACCGUUUGUCCAGCGGAGCCUAAGAGACCAUAUGCGUUGGAGGAGGUUAUCAAGUUCACUGCCAAAUUAACCGACGGCAAGAAGAGGCCUCGAAUAGAACUGACAAUAUCGCUAUCUGCCGAUGCGGCCAAAGGACUUGAUGUUGAAGACCUCGCAAGUACUUUUCAGAGUGUGGGAAAGUACAAGAAAGACGCAACAACAGUCGACCGGAAAGUCGAAGUUGCUGUCGUACUCCGUUGAACUCAUAUUGCAUCGACCCAACGAAGUUUGUUAUAUCAUGGU